CUCUCCUCCCUUCACCUUUUUUUCUCCUUUCAGUGUUCCAGGAAGUCUCUUGCAGACAUGGAGCCUGCAAAGAAUAUUGUUAAAAUCGCCAUCCAGAUGAUGGGAGCUUAUCCACAGCUGAUUGAACUGAACCAGAGCAAGCCUUUGACAUCAGUACUCAAGGAUGUAUGUGAUGGGUGGAACAUAAGUAACUCAGAACAGUAUGCACUACAGUAUGUGGAUGGGCACCAGGGAUACAUCACUGAGUUGAAUCGCAUGGAGAUAAAAAAUGGCAGCAUACUGAGACUUACAACAUCUCCAGACAAGGAGGCCAGCAGUCUAUGCACUGGAGCACAAAGUAAUAACCAAGAUGUCAAAUCAGACUCCCUCAAGAAACUCGCACAACUGUCUCAAGAUGUCACAUUUGCGCAAGAGUUCAUCAGUCGAGAUGGUCUGUACAUCCUCUCCCGGAUUGUGGAGCAGGAAAAAGAGAUGGGAGAGGUGAUGUCCUACGCACUCAAGGCAAUUGUUGAGUUGAUGGAGCAUGGAUUUGUUUCUUGGGAGGCUUUCAGCAAGGCUUUUAUAUUUAAGGUUGUAUCAUUUGUGACUUUGAAUUUGAUGGCUGUGGAGAUCACUCAGCUUUCACUGGCUAUUCUUGAAAGUGUGGUCCAGAGUAACACAAACUUUGGAGAGUUGGUACGGGAAGGCGUCACCUUGGAUAGGUUACUUAUCCUCCUUCAGCUACCCAAUCAGGAGAUGCAGAUUAAAGUCAUGGCUCUUUUAGUAGCUCUGCUGCAGACAGCUAGUGACCGAGAAAGAGAGGAGAUGCUGGAAUACCUUUGGAAGAAGAAUAUGAGGCAAUUUAUACACAAGCAUAUUAUCCAUGGCUGGCCUGUCCUGGGAGACGAGAUGAGCCAUUACUUGUAUGUGCUGCAGUGCUUGACCUUAGGCCUCAUGGAGCCGCGCAUGAGGAGGUUUAUGGACCCUAACGAUUCUGACCAGCGGAAACAACUUCAGGAUCUGCGAGUUUCAGCUUUCCCAAAUGAAGUGGAGGACGGGGGUCACAUGAGUUCAGAAAGACGUCACUCGAUUUGUGCCAAGGAAUUUCGCAAGCUUGGUUUUAAUAAUAAUGGGAGCCCUUGGCAGGAUCUGUGCUUGGUUCCCCCUGGUUUGCUUGCCCUGGAUAAUAUGGUCUAUUUCUCAAAUCGUUGGCCCAGCGCCUACAGCAGGUUUGUACUAGAGAACAGCAGCCGAGAAGACAAACAUGCAUGUCCAUUUGCUCGAAGCAGCAUUCAGCUCAGCUUAAUCCUGUGUGAAAUCCUGAGAAUAGGGGAACCAGUCACAGAAACUGGUCAGAACUUCCUAACUCUCUUCUAUGCACAAGACUACUUUGUUCAGGAGCUGUUCUGUAUUUGCAUUCAACUUCUCAACAAGACCUGGAAGGAAAUGAGAGCCACCCAGGAGGACUUUGAUAAGGUCAUUAAUGUAGUGAAGGAGCAGAUCUCUCGUACUCUUGCUCACUCUUAUGCGUCUCUGGAGACUUUUCGCACAAAAAUCUUCUCCUUGAAUUACAGUGAAAUACUGAAACUGCGACAAGAAGAACGGCAAAAUCAAGACGAGGUGCUUUCACCACCAGUGAUGGAACUUAGAAUGCAGUUGAAGCCUGAACUUUUGAAUCUCAUCAAACAGCAACGACUCCAUUCACUAUGUGAGGGCACCAAGUUCCGCAAAAUCAGCAGCCGGAGAAGGCAAGACAAACUCUGGCUCUGUCGUCUGUCUCCAAAUCACAAGGUUCUACAUUAUGGAGAUAUAGAAGAUAACGUUCAAAACCCUUCAAUUGACUACCUACAAGAAAAGAUUCCAGUUGCUGAAAUUAAGGAUGUGCUGACAGGAAAGGACUGCCCACACACAAAAGAAAAAAGUUCGGGGAAACAAAACAAGGAGAUCAUGGAACAUGCCUUUUCCAUCUAUUACAAUGUGGACAGUUAUUUGAAUUUCGUUGCUCCCUCAAAACAUGACUUUUGUGUCUGGGUUGAUGGGCUGAAUGCGCUGCUUGGUCGGAAAAUGCUCAGUGAGCUGAUGCGAAAUGACUUGGAUAUCCUGCUUAACACUGAGCUCAAACUGAGACUACUGGACCUGGAAAACAUUCCCAUUCCAGAGCAACCACCGCCUAUUCCACCAAGGCCUCUCACAUAUAAUUACUGCUACGAAUUUACCUCGGCAGAGGCCUGACUGUGACAUGCCCCACAGAUACAUUCAUUGGAUGCUGUCACAGAUCUCAUCAUUGCCCCUCAGAUUAUACUACUACUAAUACUUGUCUUCUAUAAAUCCAUAACUCUGAGAAGCAAACACUGAAAUAUAUUAACAGAUAUACCCAUACAGGCACUACAUCAGACAAGCUCACUAAUACACUCCCCUAUUUCUCAAAAAAAAAAAAACCUGACUGCUGCUAUUCAUUAAUUUCAAAGACACUUAAUCAGAUGCAUUUACAGAUAGACCCAUGCAGACGCUACAACAAAUAAAGGGUGCCAAACACUCACCCAUCACACUAUGGCCUUUUAACUAGGAUUACUGCUACGAUCUAAAGAGGCGUAACAAUGAUACACCAAUCCAUAUAAGCUAAGAAAAAAAACCCAUAGGCACAUAAACCUACCCAUGCCUCCAGGGCCACUGAAGCAUGACUGCUUAGGCAAAUUCACCUCCUAUGAUGGGGCUUGGCAUCAAAACACAAUUAGAAACACACUCACAUUCUACCUUUCAUGUUUAGGAUAACUAAUCUCAUAUAUGGGCUAAUAUUACAACAGAAUGACUCACUGAUAUUUCCAGAUAACCUGCAAGAUAUAGAAUGUUAUACCAAGCUUAUCUUCAUGAGGUGCACAUCCCUUUAUAAAUGUAAUUGAUAUUAAAAGGUAAUAUGCUAACUGCAAUACUGAGGAUACCAUGCCAAAUAAACUGCCAUUUUUAGGACACUACAUCAGGCACACUGUACUGAGGAUACCAAGCCAAAUAAACUGCCAUUUUAUGACACUACAUCAGGCACACUGUACUGAGAAAGUCGCUACAUAUACAGAGUUCUAAAUGCACUGGAACAGGCACAAUUAUAUAUACUAUACCAGACAAUUUGCAAUAACAUAGGUCCUACGCUAGAUUAAUUUUAUUGAGGCAACUGCACCAGACACGUCAUAUGGAGGAGAAAGCUCCCAGCAUGCUGCCAUUUUGAAGACACAUGCAUGCACUCCUGUUAUGAGAACUCUUCAUCAGAUACACUCUCAUAUGGGGGUACUUAUAAAUAUAUAUAUUUAUUGAGAUCUUAAUAAACAAAACAAAUGCUUAAACUUGAGACACUUUAUAAAACGUACUGUCGCCGUAAUUUUGUACAAAGGAUAUUAACUGUAUUAUAUCAAUAAAUAUUUUCAGUUAUGAUUGUAUGACCAAA